GAGCAACUGCAGCGACAUGAGCGACAGAGACAAACCUGUGAUCAGCUUAAUCAAGAUCAUCAAACUUUAGAUUCUAAUUGGUUAUUUCCUUUUCGUGAGACGGAACAGCACAAUAAUAGCCUUCAAGAUAUGAUGGAUGAUUAUUUAGUGGUAAUUAACGGAAAUUAUCCGAUUCGACAAAUCAAUCAAGUGCUACUAUCCGAUUUGGGUGCUGGCGGAAAAUAUAGGUUUAAGCUCCGAUGGACGGAGUGA